AUGAAAUCAAGUGAGUUAUGGCAGCAUCCAUUUGUCGAUGUUUUUAGGUUUACCAGUGUUAGUGACUGGAAAAAUGUGCAAAAAGAAGGAGAUGUAACUGAAGUAUUAGAUAGAGUCACAGGGAAAAGAGUUUUCAGGCUUUUUGGGUCUAGUUCAGCUGCAAAUAACAUCCAAAUCCCAAAGCCGAAAUCUCAAUUGAAAAGUCUAGGACUAACUGGCCGCUAUAUCUAUGCACAGCUACAAGUCCCUGCAAAUAAGUACUUUUCUAUGCAUUUUGAAUUGGCUUUAAGCAGCUCAAAAAGAAAAUCAGAAGAACCACUUAGGAUAUCAAUAAGCAAUAUUUAUAAAGAAAGCAAAUUGACUUCCUCAGGACUGCAGCUGAGCUGCUCUCCUAGUGAAAAAUGGUUUGUUGCCUGCAUUGACACUAAAGCUAUUUUCAGCCAAUACAUAGGGCCAUGGAUUGUGGGUCAUGUUUUGAAAUCAAUUAAUUUAUGCUCAAAUAUGCUUGUGAGAGGAGUCUUUACUUCUGAUAUUUUAUACAAUUAUAAUACUUUGCCAAGAGAAAUGAUGCUAAAAAUAUCAAGAGAAGAGAGAUGGGAAGAUGUUUAUGAUUGAAUUUCUUUUCCCAAUAUAGAAGAAAGAGGAGAGUUCAAGAAAAAUAAAAGAGAAGAUUGAAAAGGGAAUGGAAAAGAGAAUAAAAAUAAAGCUAAAAGGGAAGAAACGACUAGUGAAGAAGAAAAUAAGCAGGCAAGCAGCAUUAAUAAUGAAAUAAACACAAUUCAGAGAACUUCCACGAGCUCCUUUCGAAACUUCCAAAUUGAUGAAGAUAAGCGAGAGUCAUAUAACAGCACUGCUGCUAAAAGCGAUUUCUCUCUUCAAAAAAGCAAAGGAGUUAGGUUUGGGGAGGUGACAGCUGAAAAUGAAGUCGAAGCUCAAUUACUGCCUGAUCCAAUCAUGAAAUUAGUUCAUAUUAUAGGCUAUUCAGGUGGUAGACCAGGAAAUAUUAAAUGAGCUCGGCCAGAAAGCGAUUUUAGUGCUUAUCCUUUAGAAUUUACGAAAGACUCUUCCAAAUAUUUAAUUUAUCCUUCAGGGUGUGCUCUGGUGCUUAUGAACCCAUUGACUCAAAAGCAGCAAUUUUUGUUUGCCCAUAGUUCUCCAAUUGUAUGCUUAGCGUUAAGUCCUGACGGAGCAUUUAUUGCAUCUGGCCAAGACAGUCCUAAUCCUCUUGUUUUGAUCUGGCAAAUAGCAACUAGAAAGCCUCCAUCUUAUGUGUCUCUAUCUAAACUAACCAGCUUAAAAUCAAUAGAUAUAAGUGCUGAUAGCAAAUAUCUUGUAGUUGCAGGAACCAAUAGCCUAAUUAAAGAUGAAAUUCAAAUUUGGGACAUUUCUCAGCCUAAUAGAGCUGAACUCCUAAUAAAGCAGACCUCAAACUACCAUAUAAAUACCAUAAAAUUCUCCCCAAUCGACACUUUAAAGCUGAUUUCAUGUGGAAAAGAAAAUAUUCGUUCAUGGCGUGCUAAUGGUGACCGCUUAUCAAGUGGGGCUGUCGUUUUAAAUCACCAGUCUAAGGCUUCUGAGUUUUUAGACCUAAGCUUUGAAGCCUUUUCUUCAAGUGCAAAAUCUGAAAUCAUUGAUGAGCAUUUGAAACGAGUUUUUGUUGUCAAUAACCAAGGACUGCUAUUUCAAAUCAACUAUAUAAGCUUAGAACUGGAAGAUGUUCUACAACUUCAUGACUCAGCAAUCUCAUCAAUAGCAGUGAGUGAAGGGUUUUGUGUGACAGGCAGCAGAGAUUGCUAUAUCAGAGUCUGGCCACUUGAUUUUUCUAACUCCUUCCUCCGUGUACGAGCAAAACCAUUGGAAAAAUCCCUAUUUUAUGGGUAAAAAUCCUCCAUGGGCAUACACAAUUUUUUAUGAAAACAAUAUUUUGAUAUAUAAGUGAUAAUUAUUAUAAAGAAAUCUUUAGCUAACUUUGUGUAAUUAAACAGCUUGCAUUUUAAAACAUAAAUUUUGCAAAUUAAAUUAAUUUUCACUUCUCAAAUUUUUACGAAUUGGGAUUUUAUUUCGAAUAAAGCAAUAUUUUACUAUAUUUAUUUAUAAAUUAAACCCCCUCCCGAGCAAGAUAUUUUGCUCACGACUGAAGGGGAGUAAGUUUAUAUUAGAAGCUCAUCAUGAGGACGCAGUUACAGCUGUAGCGAUAAGUUCAGAUGGCCAGCAUGUAGUCUGCGGAACAUCCAACUGUACAAUCGGGAUUCUAGGAAUGACAACAAAUUCUUACAAAACUCUCUUAAGAUCUCAUGCCUCUAAUAUCGUCGCUUUGGAUAUCCAUCCAAAAUUUGGCAGCAUUUUAAGUGUGAGUGAUGACAGAACAAUCAGGGUCUGAAAUAAUAAGAGCUUUGAAGAGCUAUAUGAGUUUACUUCAAUUGAUGAUGCUCCUAUUUCGAUUUCUUUUCAUCCUACUUUAAAUUCCUUUGCAUGCGGAUUUGAAAGUGGGACAAUUAGGAUUUUUGAAGUAGACAGCACUGCAGUUAAAGGCGAAUUUGUAAAUCAUGACGCAAAAAUUGUAAAAGUUUCUCAUUCUAGAGAUGGGAAAUAUAUGCUCAGUGCAAGUGAAGAUGGAAGUGUGUGCUUUUGUGACGUUAAUAAAGGAUAUCAAGUUUUGAAGACAAUCCCAGCUGAAAGUAUAGGAGAUUUUAUUGAUGUGGCUUUUUCUCCUAAUUCAGAACAGUUUGCUGUAUUAGGGAUUAAUCGGUCAAAUAUUUAUUUUUGGGACUGUGCAACCAUUAAAAGGCGGUUUCAGAUAAAUUGCACAUCAAGUGUUUACCAAAUCAUGUACUCUCCUAGUGGAAGGCAAUUCCUUACUGUGACUUAUAAGUCAUCUUAUAAGAUCAAAUAUUAUAAUAUCAAAGACAAUGAGGCUACUCCUGUUAAAGAGCUCGAAAAUAUCCACCCUAAUUCAGAAAUUUCAAGAAUCGCUGCUUCUGAAAAUUCAAAAUAUUUGAUUAGUGGAGGAAGUGAUAAGACUUUGAGAGUGUGAAAUUAUGAAAUGAAGCCAAAUUCUGUAAGUGGGCAAAGCUUUCUUGGCCAUUCAAACAAAAUAACAAAUUUAGCGUGAUCAAGUGACAAAAAAUGAAUUUUCUCUUCAGCAGAAGGAAAUGAUGGGAUCUUUGUAUGGCAAUUUGAUGGGAAUUUGAAUGAAGUGACCCAUCGAGAAAAUAGUCCUGAAAAUGAAAUUUUAAUUAGUGAAAGGUCAAAAGAAGAGCUCUUUAUAGAAAACGAAGAGUUUCAAAGAGCCCCUUCUUAUGAGCCUCAAGCUUCUCCGAAACGUGAGUCUCCGUCCUCACAACUUUCAAAAUACAGAGAUCAUAGAUUAACUCUAUCCCGCGUGAUUGGGCACAACUCUUCAGCCAGGAACAAUUUGCUUUGGGCUUCAGAACAGGGAUGGUAUGCUUACACAUCAGGCCAAAAAAUUAUCCAAACUCUGCUGAGAGAAAAUAACUCUCAAAGGUUUUUUGAAUCACCUAUCCCUAACCUAACAGUAUUAGCCAUUUCCCCUGAUUCAUCGCUAAUUGCCGCAGCAUCUGAGCAUUCUUUAAGCUCACCCAUUUGUAUAUGGGACAUAUCCGAUCAAAUGCUCUUAAAAUCUCUUUCAUUUCACGAGAAAGGUAUCUCCAGCCUUUCAUUUUCCUGCGAUAGCAAAUAUUUGAUGUCGCUCGGUGUCCAAGAAGAGCCAAUAAUUGUGAUGUGAGAAGUAGACUCAGGCCGCGUAGUUUCGACAGCUUUACUAGAAUCUUAUGCGUCCACUGCAAAAUGGAAGUCCGACUCAUAUGAGUUUGUGACUGCUGGGCAAGAAGUGAUUCAUUGGUGCUUAAAUUCUCACUUUGAUUUGCAGUUUAGGAAAUUAAGUACAGUGGAAUCAUUUUACACUUCUUUAGAUAUCAAAGGAGACUUAGUCUCAGUAGGAACUGCAGAUGGCAAGUUAAUUAUAUGAGAUUUGGUGACCUGCAGCCAAGUUGCUGCUCACUUUUUAUUUGGAAAUGAAAUUAGCUCAGUUGCAGUUGGCUUUGAAAGAACCACAAUAGGAGGAAAUUCUAACCACCUUAUGAGCUGGGAGCAAAGCUCAAAUUCAUUUAUGGGGAAAGCUGAAGUUAUUCUUAUGGAUGGGUAUACCAAAUAUUUAAGCUUUGAGCCAACUGGCAACGAAGGAAUUGCUUCAACUGCCUCUGGGACUAUUUGGUAUAUUAACUGGAAAGAUAAAGAAUCAGCUAGAAUUGCAAGCAGCCAUCUUUAUGACAGCCAGAUUAGAGCAAUCGCAGCUGAUUCAAUGAUAAUUUCUUCAGCUUCAGAUGGCACAAUCAGGCUUUGGGAGACUGAAUCGUUUUCUCAAAUAAUGCAAUACGAUAUCAAGUUAGACUGCUUAUCGCUUGUUUUUAGCUCGAAUGGUGGAAUGUUUGCAGCUGGCUUUGCUGAUGGCUCACUUCAAUUUUUUAGCAUAAGCUUACUAAAAAGCUUACUAACCCUUUUAAAUUUUAAAAAUAAAUCCUGUUUCAAUUUAAAUGGGAUUAAAUUUUUUUUUUUUAAAAAAUUAUUUUUGAUAUUUUCUCUAUAAAUAAUUUUUAAAAUCUUAAAAAUAUAAAAUGAGCAAAAUAACUUGAAUUUUAAUUUAUUUAAUGAAGAAUAAUUAAAAGAAUUAAUCGAUUCAAUGUGAAAAUUGCUUAAAUAUAAUUAAUUGCAAUUUUUCUUUUAAAUAGGUCAAAAUUAGUUUUAUAAAAAUUAGUAUUUUAUUUUUAAUUUUUAUUUUUAAAAAUUUUUUUAUGUUUUUAAGAAAUAUAAAUUGAGCGCAAUAGCUUGUUUUUUAAUUUAUUUCUAUGAAAUUAUAUAACAAAAUAAAUUGAUCCAGUGUAAAUAUUGUUUAAAUAAUCUACUUUCAUUUUAUCUAUAAAUUAAUUUUAUAAAAAUUAGUUUUUCAUCAUUAAUUUUUUUUAUAAACAAUUUUUAAAAUAUAAAUUGAAUAGUUUUAAUUUUAAUUUAUUUGAAAAUUAAAUAAAAAUUUCAUCGAUUCAGUGUGAAAAAUGUAAAAUAGCAUUCUACUGUUUUUUGUCUAUUAAAUUAGGUCAAUAAAAAUUUGAAUUUUCUACUUUUUAUUUUUAUAAAAAAAAUAUAAAUUGAGCACAAUAGUUUGAAUCUUAAUUUAUUUUUAUGAAGAAUAAAAUAAAAAAAUUAAUCUAUUCAGUGUGAGAACUGUUAAAUAAUAUUCUACUUGUAUUUUGUCUAUUAAAUUAGGUCAAAACUAAUUUUAUAAAAAUUAGUUCUUUCAUCGAUAGAAUUUUCCUAUCGAAAGCAAAUUUUGUUCCAAUUAAAGGGGAUUAAAGUACCCAAAAAAUACAAAUUUUACCGAUAUUUUGUUCCAAUUUAUGUGGGAGAGUUAGGAAAAAGCCAGCCAUUUAAAUGUGGAGUUUCAUCAAUUUGUUGGAAAGAUCAGUUGAAAUUAUUUGUGGGAUCUGAAAAUGGAGCGAUUUUGAUGAUCACUUCAGAAAAUUGGGAAAACUUAAAUUUAAGUUCUGAAGAGGUCGGAACAGCUGGAGGAAAUGCGCUAGCACUUGACUGGCACGAAGGAUAUUUACUAGCUACUUCUGAUUGUGGAAAAAUCACCGUUUGGGAUUUUGAAAAGAUAGUAGAUAUUUACAAUAUUUUUGAAAGCCCACAUGGGUUGGAUAUCGACAAUGCUGAAGAAUCUAUCAAAUCAACAUUCAGACUCUACCAGCAGCUCAGCCAAAUUCAUACUUCAGCUGCAUUUUUGAAUUCAGAAAAUUUAGUAUGUAUAGCAUCAGCCCAACAAUAUCUGUUUUUCAGAAAUUUCAUAGCCCAUCAAACUACACGAAGGUUUGCUCUCAAUCAUUUUCCAAUUUCAUUGGAUGCUAAUUUGUCUUUGGAUUGUUUGAUAAUUGGAUGCUCUGACAAUAAAGUCCUUUUCUACAAUGGAAAAACAGAAACUGUUCAAGAGCUAUCAGGAAGUAGUGGAGAGGUUAGAAAAAUUGGGUUCAUGAGAAACGGAGCUUUUUCAGCUUCAAAAAGUGAGAUCUUAAUUUGGAAAUUUUAA